CUCAGGGUUACAAGCAUAGGCUAUGCGUAGUAAUGCUGGUGAAAUUAAAUCAGUGUGGUGAAAUGAUUUCACCAUUUCACCAAACACCAAUCGGUAUUGGUGUAACUGGUGUAACUGGUGAAUUGGUGAAAUUG